AUGGGGAAGAAGACGAAGCCGGAAAUAGACCUCGCGCAGGUGCGCAAGGCGGUGGUGGCGCUGAAGAAGUACGCGGGGAAGCUCCAGGACGAGGGCAGCGAGCUCCUCCCGGACGGGGACGACUUUAUGUCUCUUCAGAUCGCCCUGCAGAAGAUGCCGGUGACGCCGCGGAAGGACAAGCCCGUGAGGCUGCCGGUGCCGCACCCGCUGUACGAGGUCGGGGGCUGCGAGGUGUGUCUGAUCGUCAAGGACCACAAGGGCGAGGGGCACGCGCUCGCGAAGGAGCUCCACGCGCAGAUGCAGGGGACGGGGAUCACCAAGAUUAUAGGGCUGUCUAAGCUGCGGACCAAGUACGAGUCGUUCGAGGCGAAGCGGAAGCUGUGCGCGUCGUACGAGGUGUUCCUCGCCGACGAGCGCGUCCUGCCGUCCCUGCCGAAGCUGCUCGGAAAGACCUUUUUCAGAAAGAAGAGGCAGCCGGUGCCUGUGGACCUGCGCGGGGCGAACUGGGGCGCGCAGGUGCGCAAGGCGCUCGGGGCGACGUACCUGUACCUGUCGCAGGGGACGUGCUUGAGCGUGCGGGUCGCGAGGGUCAAGGACGGCGUCGACGAGGCGGUGGAGAACGUCGCGGCGGUGGUGGAGCAGGCGUGCGAGAAGAUCCCGCGCAAGUGGGACAAUGUGUUGGCGCUGUACCUGAAGCUGCCUGGGUCAGCAGCGCUGCCGAUAUACCAGACGCUGCCGACGCCGCCGACGAAGAUCGAGUAG